CACACACCACCCUCUUCUUACGCUCACACGCGAAAACUACAACCCCCCCCCCCAACGCCCUCCCUCCUCCCCUUCCAUCACCGCCCGAAGGCACGCGGGACCGACCCCCUUUCCCCUAAUCUCGCUGACCGUAAGCUCCAACGAAACCUUUUACAUUAAACACGGCGUGAAAUACCAACGGGACGAGUAAACAACACGCGCGGAGACAACGACUUUAAAAUUUAAAUCCCACCCACCCACAAACAAACAAGUGCACACACACACGCACACACACCAGCUCAUCCCGCUGGAACUCGCGCUGUGUGGAGUCGAAGCCCGCCUGGCGUGUAGGCCCUGUGGGAUGAGGGCCCGCCUCUCCCGGCGGCACACAGCCGCGCGGGUCUUUGGGGUGGAGUUGGUCUCCCUGCUGCAGUCCGGGGAAGAUCAGGUGCCGCAGGUGGUCCGCAUGUGCACGGCGUUUGUGGAGAGGCACGGCCUAGUGGAUGGCAUCUACCGCCUGUCGGGCGUAGCCAGCAACACCAAGCGUCUGAGGGAGGAGUUUGAUGCCGGCCGCGUGCCGGACCUGACCCGGAGUGUGUACAUGCGCGACGUGCACUGCGUGAGCUCCCUCUGUAAGCAGUUCUUCCGCGACCUGCCCGAGCCCCUGCUCACCUACCACCUCUUCCACCUCUUCGAUGAGGCUGUUCGUGCUCCCUCAGUUGAGGAGAGGCUCCAGAAGAUCCAUCACGCCAUCCACCAGCUACCGCUACCUCACUACAACACGCUGGAGUUUCUCAUCAGCCACCUGAGUCACAUGGCAUCUCACAGCGCACAGACCAACAUGCACGCGCAGAACCUCGCCAUCGUGUGGGCCCCUAACCUCCUGCGCUCACGUGGCACGGAGGGGGUACCGGUUGGCGGUGCCGCUUUCCUGGAGGUGCGGGUUCAGUCCGUGGUCGUGGAGACACUGCUCAGCCACCGGCAACGCCUCUUCUGCAACGUCUUCCAGCCCAGCGCCUCUCGGCCGCACAGUGAUGGACUUUCCACCCAGAACAGCUCUGCAGCUGAAGAGGCUGCGCUGCCUCCCCCGUUGGAGGGAGAGGUGGCGUCGCGUUCCGCCCUGCGCCUCGUGUCGCUGGAGGAAGCGCAGCGAGCGGCGUCACGCUCCCACGGAGCCCUUCCCGAGGACCUGCGGACUCCGCCAACACUCAGGCGCAAGCUCCACCACCACCACCAUCACCACCAGCACCACCAGGAAAACCAAGAGCAGGAACAGCAGCAUCAGGAUCAUCGCCUGCAGCAGGACCAAGCAGAGAAUGACCAUCUCCAUCACAUUAAUAUCCAUCAGCGGGCGGACUCGGUGGGCUCGAGAAUGGCGUGUGUCAGCGAUGACUACCAGCUCGACAAGGAGACAAAGCGUAGGAAGGGAGGGCUUCUCUCCUUCUUCAACCGCUACACGCAGAGUAGCCGAAGAAGACGCAAGAACUCCAACGCCUCGGAUUCCGUGCAGCUCCGAGGCUACCAUGGGGAACGCGAGGUGAAGCAACAGCAUCGACUAUCACAGAGCACAGCUAACCUCCUAGAGGCACAUGAUCUAACACAGCAUCACCCCAGCCGCAGGCUGACCAGAUCCAACAGCAUUGGCACCCUCAGCAAUUCAGGGUCCACGGUCACUGAGAGCCUGAAAGAAGUAGAUGCAGAAUCGGAAGAGGUCAAAGAGCCAAAUUUUACUCUACGGAAUGUCAAGGAUGGACCCAAAGAUGAUUCCACCAACCUGCAUUCUUCACUCCGACACACUGGUCCAGGUCAGACAUCUGAGAAGUCCAACGAGACACAGGCAGCUCCGUCAGAGCCUCCCCUCGAGGCCAUAACUGAUGCCCCCUGCUGUGAAGAUGUGAGCAUGAAAACAUUGAUUACUUCAACUCAACCUACCGAGCAGGACCUCAAUUUGGGGGACUCUGAACCACUGGUCUUGGAGGUUCCCAAAGAUGAGCCCUGCAUGGACAACUCCGUAGUAAACGGGGAGCAGAGACCAGCGACUGGCACGAACUUAUUGGCCAGCACCGCCACAGAGACAGCCGUGGCCAAUGUGGAAAUUGUGGGAGAGGCUGCAAAAAAAGGGACAACCAAUAGUAAUGAUUCAAAACCACGGGUGUACGCAGAUGGUAAGAAAACAGAGUUUGAUCAACCAAAUGGGUGCAACAUUAUUUCCAGAAAUCCAUCUGCUUGUGAUGAUAAUGAUGAUAAUGAUGAUGACGAUUGUGAGUUGGUCUCAGCUCAGAUAGGGACAGGUGAUCAUGUGAAGCGUGCAUCGACGUCAGCAGACUCUGCUGAGAAGGGCAGCAGUGAAGUAACAUGCGUGGCCACGGUCCAAAACCUCGGUUCAGAUUCUGCCUCCACUGACACGGCCGCGCCGGCAAUCUUGGCACUUUCAUCACAAGAGCCUCUCGUCUCCACAUCUCGUGGCACCGCCGCCGCAGAUGAGGAAGGUGACGCCGCCACGCAAGGAGGUCGAGAGGGAGGCUCCACCACACCUCUCGGCAGUCCAGCAGCCACCCUGGGAUGCGUAAGCGCAAGCGGGACCGAGGCGUGUGAUGAGGAACCGACGAAUGGCAGCGGGGAUGAAAGCUGUGACUUGGAGACAGAUGGUGGUGUACCUGAAUCUCUAACGGCGCAAAACGACGUAGACCUGGCGCAGGCUCCUAAAACAACUACAGGUGCGUUGGCAACACCUGAAACAACAACGUGCAUCUCCGCUGAAGCACGUUGUGGUGUACCUGAGACUGGGAUAGUAAACGUAGACUCGUCUGCGUCAGAAGAGUUAUCAAACGCUUCCAGAUCUCGUGAGUCAUCUAGAGAUGCAUCUGCAGCUACUGUGUCAGCUAAAGAAACUAUAGACACAUGUGGUUCUCCUGAAACAAACACAGAUAUGUCAGUAGACACAUUGCCAUCUCAAGAAGUAAGCGGAAGUAUGUCACCACCUCAUGAAGCAAAUUCAGAUAUGUCAUCUGCUGAAACAGCUAUUGAGAUAGUGGCAUGUUGUGAGUCAGACAUACACCCAUCACCUUAUUCUGAAGUGAUUAUAAACACAUUACCUUUUGAUGCAUCCACACUCAAAACUGUAUCUACUGAGUUAAUUAACAACACAUCUACAGGUGCGUAUACAGACAAAAAUGCUGAGGCACCUAGAGAAGCAUCUCCUGAAGCGCCUUCAGACAUUUCUUCUGAAGCAUCUACAGACACGUUUGCUGAAGCUCCUACAGACACAUCUGCUGAAGCACUUACAGACACUGUCAGAUCUCCUGCAGCACUUUCAGACACUUCUGCUGAAGCAUCUACAGACACAUCUGCUGAAGCUCCUACAGACACAUCUGCUGAAGAUCCUACAGACACAUCUGCUGAAGCACUUACAGACACAGUCAGAUCUCCUGCAGCACCUUCAGACACUUCUGCUGAAGCAUCUACAGACACAUCUGCUGAAGCUCCUACAGACACGUCUGCUGAAGCACCUAUAGACACAUCUGCUGAAGCAUCUACAGACACAUCUGCUGAAGCACCUACAGACACAUCUGCUGAAGCACCUACAGACACAUCUGCUGAAGCCUUUACAGACACAUCUGCUGAAGCUGCUACAGACACAUCUGCUGAAGCUCCUACAGACACGUCUGCUGAAGCACCUACCGACACAUCUACUGAAACACCUACAGACACAUCUGCUGAAGCAUCUACAGACACAUCUGCUGAAGCUCCUACAGACACAUCUGCUGAAGCUCCUACAGACACAUCUACUGAAACACCUACAGACACAUCUGCUGAAGCACCUAAAGUCACAGUCAGAUCUCCUGAAGCACCUUCAGACACAUCUGCUGAAGCUUCUACAGACACAUCUGCUGAAGCUCCUGCAGACACAUCUGCUGAAGCUCCUACAGACACAUCUGCUCAAAAACCUUCAGACACAUCUGCUGAAUCACCUUCUGGCACGUCUGCUGGAAAACCUUUAGACACAUCUGCUGAAUUACCUUCUGACAUGCCUACUGACGCACCUCAACACGCAUCUUUUGUCACAGACAUGGACUUGUCCACAUCAAGUGACGAUACUGUAGACACCUCAGUCAAUGGUGAAAGUGUUCUAAAUGUGUGCAUGUCAACGGAGACCAUGCCCAUCUCCAAAGUGUCCCCACGACAACGUAAUGCACACCACUUUAAGCCAGCAGAUGAGCAGUGUGCGGAUCCAUUACCAACAGCAGCAGAUGAGGUUGAGGUCAAUCUAGCAAAUACGGACACUUCACACAUUGAGGAGGCCAGAAUAUUGAACUUUGGAUAUCCCGCAGUAGAUCUGGAACUCUCCGAAUCAGAUGAAGCACUUUUAACCACAACCACAAACAUCUUACUGGACAUUCCCAUUGAUUUAAAGAUAGCAGAAGACAUGGCAUCCCCUGGACAAAGGCCACUGCCCAGAUACGGGAUCAAAGCGAGUCCAAGAUCCCCUGCUAAAACCAUCCAGCAAGGAUCUUUUUAUCACAAAUAUAGCCAAGCGCUGGAUCUCAUUAGCAACCGCACAGAGUCCAACGUGGACACAGAUCCACCUUGUGUUCUGAAGCAUUCCGCUCUGCAGGAAGAGGGUACACGAGGAAUGGAGCGGAGAAGAAAAGGCUCGGCGAUGGACUCCGAUUCAGAAAACAACUGCGCAGGGGAACCCAGAACUCCUGGGCUGAAGGGUAAUGGGCAAUUAAGCCCGGAGAAUAGAGGGCCCGGCGAGCCCCUGGGGACGGACGGUGUAGCCCUGCAACCAGCAGACACAGAGGUGGUUCGCACCUGGGUCGAGGUUCGGCUCAGUAAAGCUUUCCCAGUGGUCCGCUUGAAGCCACAGUUCACCAGCCAACUGGGCAGCGGAUAAGUUUGCUUCCUGUAUCGUUCAUGAAAGUGUGGAUAAUGGGAAACCACGUGAGCCUGCUGUGGGAUUCAGUCUUUGGUCACAGGGCGAGGGUGAUUUCCCGUGCAUGCAGGUGAAUUUUCUCAGGCAUGGAGUGACUCGUCGGAUUAUUAGUAGCGCUGAACAUUUUAUCGAUUCGUGAACAGUGGUACUUAAGCUCAUAUAGAACGUUGAUCGCCCGUGUAGGAAUCAACGAUUUUGACACAUACAUGUUACAGUAUAUGCAACGGGGGUCACGUGACCCCUGGAGCCACUAGAGGUCGCUACAUUAACCGUAAAAAAAAUGUUUUGUUAAUAAUCAAACCCAAUUGCGACCGUAAUUGUGACAUUUCAUCGAAUUGCAAUCAGGUGACUUUGUGACAUCCAUAAUGAUGGGUUCAAGAUAUAACACAAGCGCAAGCAACGUCCAGCGGUUCGCAAUGUCGUCUCGCAACCAGAAGGGAAGCCAUCAACGUGCAGCUGUCACGAUUCGUACAUGAGGCAGUCGCGUGACAAUGCACAUUAUACAAAGCGCUAUUUCUGCAUGUAUGUAUUAUGUACAUGCACAGUACACGCAGUUGCAAUGCACACGAAGUGCUUGUACACGGCACGUGUACCACGUUGGCUUAAAUCGUCAGCACUUGCUAACAGCACUUUGUCUAUAGUGGUGAAGAUUUGUGCUGGAUAAUCGGGGAUUGUUAUUCCCAUGUGUUUGUUUGUAUAGAGGGCGGUCCGUUAUAAUAUUUCAUGAACCAAACUAUGUCGUUUGCAAUACUUGCGGUACUGAACAAAACACAUUUUUGAUUGAGAAUUUUUUUUGCUAAUUUUGUUUUUUUUUGUUUAUAAAUAUGCUCAUUUUCCACUCGUUAAUUUUCAUUGCAGUAAAAAAAGUGCCUUUUCCGAAAUACUGCCUUUAACAUUGAGUUUGUUAUAUCAUCGCGUUGUUAUACAUAACAGCGGCAUUCGUUUAUGCAAAUUUCAUCUCACAGAAUGCUGCGCUAUUCUCAAACCCGGAGGCGCAUCGUUUGAGAUGUGUUCAGCCAGUUAGCGGUCAGUGUUUAUCCAUGUUGGAGGUGAAUCCAGAGGUCCCGGUGAGAACUCAAGCGUGCCUUGGGACAAAACUCUUUUCCCAUUCUGAUAGUGUAAGGUGCUGUGGCCACGUUGGCUGAACAGCCCUCUCCUGGCAAGCCAGGGUUAUGGCACUUUGACGCCUACGGAAAGGGGGUGAUUCACAACAUCCUUCCAACCCAACCCUCGCUGCUGCCUCGACAACGGUGGAUUACAGCUCGCGUACAUAGCCACCACCGCCUGGCCACACUCGGUAAACAAUAGUUACAUGUUUCAUAAACUUAAGUGGAGUGAAUAGUAGAGCAGUUAAUUUUGUGUCAAAGCAUUAUUUCCUACUGUAGAAUCUAAACUGGUGUUGAAUUUGGCAGAAUAACACAAAGACAAAAAUUUUAAUAAAUGUUAACACCAAUUUAGAUUUCAUCGUCGUAAAUAAUGCUGUUGAAUACCACAGACGCACCCACGUGCAGGCACAUACGGGCUGUGCACGCAUGACACACUUUAAUGUGCUCGCAUCUGCACGCGCACUGGUACUUCCACAUACGCCCAGUUAAAUUCCCACUUCCAUAUUUCAUACACGCACACACAAGACACCCACGCAACGUUGCACACACACUCGUUUCAACAUGUGCACGGACACACAGCGCUUGAUGACGUAACGCCUCGAUGACGUAACGUCUCGAUUCUCCAGAUUCAAACUACACAAUCUGAUUGUUACCGUACCACACAACAAGGCCGGCAUUAUCAAUGCAAAUACAAUAACAAAUCCGCGCAGUACAUAACAACGUAAUGCACUCCUGUUUGAGCAAUAAAUGAGAGUUGGAAAUGA